CAUUUCUUAGCUAUUGGGCGGCACGAGUGGUCGGCACGUGCCAUGGUUUCUACUUCCUCAGGGAGUGCUUCCCAGAUGUACAGCAGGCAAAGUGUUUGGCAACCAUACCGGGUCAAUGUCCCCGAAAGAUGGGCGAAGGAAUACAACGAGGCCUUGCGUCUCUUGGAAGACCUGGAAGAGCCUCGGGUGUUGGACGCCGUGCAGGUCUUGGGCAGCGAUACGUUGCUGCCAACACAGGUGAUCACAACCUUAGCGCGGGCUGCCCAGUGGACCCUGGCCAUCGCCUUUUUCAGCGAGAUGGUGAGGAGCUACUUGGAGGUCACAGUCUACCACGCCUCGGCAGCUGUCAAGGCUUGCCAAGAGGCCGGCCGCUGGCAGGCUGCUCUAGCCCUGCUGAGUGCUGCGCCCACGUGGGCUGUGAGGCCCAACGAGUUCACUUACAACUCGGCCAUCAGCGCUUGUGAGAAAGGCAGGCGCUGGGCAGAGGCACUUGCUGUCUUUGCGGCCAUGCCACGCGCAAAACUGGCAGCCAAUGUCAUCUCGUAUGGUGCUGCUAUGAGUGCCUGUGAAAAAGCAGCACGAUGGGAAGAGGCCUUGUUCUUGCUCGCCAGUAUGGGAGGUGCAGCAGUCGCCAAGAACACCAUCGCUUUCUGCAACGCAAUCAGCGCAUGUGAGAAAGGUGGAGAAUGGCUGCCGGUGCUGCAGCUCCUUCAGCAGAUGCUGGAUGAAAGCGUGGAGAGGAGCACAGUGACCUUCUGUGCUGCGAUCAGCGCCUGUGAGAAGGCCUUUGAGUGGCAAAGUGCGCUGCAGUUGUUUUGGCAAAUGCCAGAGCAAGGUGUUCCACAGGAUGACAUCGCUUUCAGCGCAGUCAUCAGCGCCUGCGAGAAGGGUGGAAAGUGGGAAAUGGCCCUGAAUCUGCUCCAAAAGAUGCCUGAGGCUCAGGUGGCUGUGAGCACAGUGGCGUUGAGCGCCGCGGUCACGGCCUGUGAAGGGAUGGGACAAUGGGAGCUGGCGCUACAUCUCUUCUUCCAGAGUGGGAAAGUGGACACCAUUUUGGCGAACUCUGCCAUAGCCGCAGCAGAAAAGGGUGGCCGUUGGGAUUUGGCCCUGGAACUUCUUGGAGAGUUUGAGCGGAAGAAGCUAAGGAAAACGGAAAUAACUUAUACAGCUGCAAUCAGCUCCUGCGAGGCUGCGUCACAAUGGGAGGCGGCUUUGGCCGUGUUCGUGGAGAUGAUGAACGAAAUUCCCAACUCCACUUAUGGCAUCCAACUGGGAAGUGUGUUGGCUUGUCUGCAGCAAGUGCAUGGCCGCCCCCGCGCCCUGGAGAUGCUGGAAGACUUUCGCCGGUCUCUUCAUGCAGCCGAAGCGGCGGCUGAAGAUGCGAAUCUCUUGGAGAGUGAAAUGAUUCGAAGCAUUCGAAGCAUUCGAAGUUUCAAGGUCAUUGCCACAGCUCCGGGAGUCUUGGCCUUUGAGAAACCUGCAGGGAUUGAAACCGAAGGAGCGCUUCGGCUUGUGGCCUCAGAGCUUCAACGACCAGUGACUUCAACGAGCCGUUUGGAUCAAGCGACCUCUGGAAUCAUUCCGCUGGCCUUGGGAGAUGAAUCCUCUGGUGCUGGCAACUGGCUCCGUGCACAAUGGGCUGCACGUUUAGUCUCCAAGGAAUACAUUUGCCUUUGUUCCGGACACUUUGAUGUCAAACGGGGCGAAAUCUCAUCAUCUUUGCGGCAAUCUGUGGACAACUCCAUGCUGAUGGAGGUGUCUUCGGAAGGUCGCCCUGCCAGGACAACCUACAAGGUUCUGGCCAGCUAUGCUGAUCCUGAGACGACAGAAGAGGUGAGCUUGCUGCGAGUGGAGCCACAUACAGGUCGCAAACAUCAAAUCCGGAUACACCUCGCCAGCAUCGGUCGACCCCUCCUCGGUGACAAGCGCUAUUGGCUAGGCUCGCCCAGCUGGUGCCCCCGUCUCUUCCUCCACUGUCGACGCUUGAGACUUCUGGACCUGCGAGGCAAUCCCUUGGAGAUCGAGUCUCCGCUUCCCCGUGAGCUAUUGGAUGUGCUCCAAAUGCUCCGGGAAAAGAUGCAGCGCUGGAGUUAUUGGAAGGAACUCCUCCCUUUGGCUGUACAGGUGGCAACCUACGAUCAGUUCAAAGCCAUCUACGGAAAUUUGGGAGUUAAGGGCAGCGCGAAUGUUGUGGCCUCCUCUUUCACAGCCGGAUUGGUCUAUUCCAUCAUCACCAUGCCAUUUGAGUCUGCGAAGAAUCGUAUGGCAUCGCAGAAGCCUGAUCCAGAGACAGGAAAAUUGCCGUACCGCGGUACUUUGCAGACAAUUCAAACUGUGGCAGGCAAAGAGGGUGCAACAGCCCUCUACAAUGGAUUCUUCCCAUAUUUUCUCAGGUGUGGCGGUCACACGGUGCUGAUGUUCUUUGCAGUGGAGGAACUGCAGAAAUUGUACCGCAAGAUGGCAUAG